UAUUAUUUAAUAUAUAUUAUAUAUAAUAUAUAAAUGGAUGAUAAUUGUCACAGUAAUUUAGUUUUAAUUUUGUGGUUUUGUCUUUAACAUUAAAGUACAUACUGCGUUACUAAAUUCAAAUUUAAUUAGUGUUACAGAUAAUUCUAAAACAACAUGAAGACAUUUUGUGCAUACUGCCUUGUGAUGAUAGCAUAUUACUUACAUCCUACAGUUAAUUGUAGUAUGUAUUACAAUGCUACCAAACCAAAUAAUGAGUGGUGGUCUAACACAAUACUUUAUCAAGUAUAUCCCAAAUCGUUCAAAGACAGUAAUAAAGAUGGAAUUGGUGAUUUAAAAGGCAUAACCCAGAAACUUGAUCAUUUUGUUGAUCUUGGUAUUGAAACAUUAUGGGUUGGUCCGUUUUUCAAAUCACCUAUGUAUGAUAUGGGAUAUGAUGUGGAAGACUUUAAAAUGAUAGAUCCUAUAUUUGGCACGAUGAGUGAUUUAGAAGAAUUAGUUUUUGAAAUGAACAAGCGAAAUCUUAAACUGAUAAUAGAUCUCAUACCAAACCAUUCGAGUGAUAGGUGCGAGUGGUUUCAAAAAUCAAUCAAGCAAGAAGGAAAGUACAAAGACUAUUACAUAUGGCGUAACGCUACAAAUCAAGACGAACUUGGUAACUCGUCAGUUACACCAAAACCACCAAAUAAUUGGUUGAGUAUAUUUGGAGGAUCAGCUUGGAAAUGGAAUGAAGAACGAAAACAAUUUUAUUUCCAUCAAUUUAGCAAUGAACAACCGGACUUUGACAUGAGAAAUCCUGAUGUUAAGCAACAAAUAUUAGACGUUAUGGAAUUUUGGAUGGAUAAAGGCGUUUCUGGAUUCCGAUUUGAUGCUGUAAAAUUCUUAUAUGAAAAUAGUUCACUACCUGAUGAACCAUUAAAGCCGGGAAUGAGCAAUUCCAGCGAAUACAUUGAAUUAAACCACAUAUACACAACAGACCAACCGGAAGUAAUUGAUAUUGUAAAAGAAUGGAGGGCUUUCAUGGAUAAUUAUACAAAAACCAAAAAUAUAUCAGUUUCUAGUUUACUAGCAUCAGAAUCGUAUACAAGACAAGAUAUAUUAAUGCAAUAUUACGGCAACUCAUCGAACCCUGGAGCCCAAAUUCCAUUUAACUUAGCAUUAGUGAGAUUGCCGAAAAAUGAUAAUAUAGUUGAAUCCAUAGAUAAUAUUAUCAAAAAUUGGUUGAUUGAUUUACCAGAAAAUAUGGUGGCCAACUGGGUGAUGGAAAAUCAUGACAAUUUAAGAUUGUCGUCGAAAUUUGGUGCUGAAACAGUACCAAUGUUUACUGCGUUGAAAUUAGCCCUUCCUGGUAUUGAAGUAACAUAUUAUGGUAGUGAAAUUGGAAUGGAGGACAACAUGUAUUUGAGACCGGAACAAGUAACAGAUAAUAAUUUAGCGGGUGGUCCGAAAGGAUCAAGACCUAGAGAUUACGAAAGAUGUCCAAUGCAAUGGGACGAUUCGAUUAACGGAGGUUUCACUGAAGAGAAAAAACCAUGGUUACCGGUAAAUCCAAAUUACUACAAAAUGAAUGUCGAAGCACAGAAAAAAAUACCAACUAGUAACUAUAAUUUUUACAAAAAAAUGUCUCAACUUCGAAAAACAGAUACGUUAAAAAACGGUGAUCUUCAGACGUAUAAUAUUACUAAAUCGAUAUACAUUUUAAAGAGGUCAUUAUUAGACCACGAAUCAUACAUAGUCGUGAUAAACUUUGGUAGUGAAAGUGAAACAGUCAUACUGUCCAAUGCCAUACGUAAUCUCAAAGACGAGUUAUUCGUAUAUUUAGGAAGUGAAAAUUCUGCAUACAUCCCCGGAAACAUAGUGUCUACUGUUUCUUCAACUGGGCAUCCAUUACAACUGCGACCACAGUCAGUAGUCGUAUUAACAGAUAAAUAUAUUGAACCCGAAUCACCAAGAAAUAGUGCCAGUUAUAGUACAGAAACCAGUACAAAAUUAACUAGAUUACUGUGUGUUUUUAUACUUGCAAGAUUAAUUUUAUAAAUCUGUUUUCCAUAGUUUUUUUUUUUUUUUGUAACAAGUUUUUAUUGUAAUGUAUAUUUAUUUAAGAAUAUUGUUUAAAUUGAAUUUUUUCGUGAUGUUAAGGUUAUUUAAUUUAACACAUUUUUUUUUUGUAUUUCUUAUCUCUUUUUGGAGCAGUUUAAAUGAUUUGAUUUGUGAUUCAGAUUUUUCUAAUACUUAAUCAGAUUUAAGUAGCUGUUAAAGAGGUUAAUAGCUUUUUAGGGGAAACAUUUUUUUAAAAAAUUGUUAUUUUUGUUAUGUUGUAAUUUUUUUUUUAUGCCUUUUCGUAGAGCUAUUUUAAAUGGUUUUGAAGGUUAUUCAUUUGAUAUAACAACAUUUUAUAAUAAUUUGUAUGUAAAACUACAUUGUUUUUUAUAGUAAAUGAUAAUAAUUGAUAAUUAAUUUAUAGUUUGUAAAUAUUUUCUGAAUAUAAUAAAAUGUUAUGUUUA